CCAACCAAAGAAAUCAAAGCUAGAGAAAAUAAAAUGAAAUGAGAGCCAUCUUCGUCCAUCAAUGAACAGAAUAUAUAUAUACAAGAAACCCAAUCAAUCGAAACGCCAAAAACCCUAAUUUUCAAAAAAAUAAACUAAGACCAGAACACAUAAUCAUGACAUAAGAGAUAUUCAUUAUUCAUGGCUAUGGAACACCAAAGCACCGUGCAACCAUGGGGCACGUUGGAGGAGCUAUUGCUAGCAUGUGCCGUGAACCGCCAUGGUACCCAGUGCUGGGACUCUAUCGCCGUUGAAGUACAGAACCGAACCACCAAUCUCUCUUCCCUCACUUCUCAAAACUGUAUAGACAAGUUCAACGACCUUAAACGCCGCUUCAUGCCCCCAAACGAUACAUCUUCCAGUCUCGUUCCCAUGGUGGAUGAACUCCGUAGGAUUCGUAUGGAGGAGCUUCGACGCGAAGUCCAGCGACAUGAUAUGUCGAUCGUGUCGCUUCAAUUGAAGGUGAAGAGAUUAGAGGACGAGAGAGAGAGCAGUUUGAGAGAAGGGGUAGAUCUGGCGAGGGAGACAGGGACCUCUCCGGAGAUGAUCGUCGGGAAAUCCGCCGCCGGUAACGAGUCUGGUGAUGACCGAUCUUUCAAUGAGUCAAAUUCCACAGGUCAACAAAAAGCCGAAAGGACAACGGUGAUGGAUCGAAACGACACCGUAAAUGGGAAGCCUGAUAUAAAACCCGAACCAGCAAUUACAAAUGAGAAGGAUCCGGUUCGUGCAGGAUCCGACCCAGAGGCUGAGCGCAAUUGGUCCCACAAUGGUACGUUGCGGGAGGUUGAUGAUGACGAAAAUGAUAAAAUACCAACGAAUAAAAAGGAACCGGAAAUCAAAAUGAGUCAGACGACGGGUGGGCUCGGCGAGUCGAAUGAGCUGGGCGAGUCGGUAGGAGAGUCUAAGCGGGAAGAUAAAGAGGAGAAGAAGCAAAACAGUGACGUGCAAAGCUCAGCUAGCUUGUCAUUAAAGACGAAGAAACGACGUCUCAAGGGGAUUGCUGGUGGUAGAAACGGGGUUGGAGUAGGUAGUAGUAGUGGAGAGGAGCCCGAGGGUGGUGACGAGGUUUCUCCCGCCACGAAGCGGGUGCCUGCCGUCAAAUCUGAGCCGUUACUUAAAUUCCUUGGCAUUAUUUGGUCUCACCGGCUUAGCUCUGUGUUCGAGCGGCGGCUUCAAAGCCAGGAAUCCGAAGGCUACAAAAAGUUGAUCCGACAGCAUAUAGAUCUUAAAAUGAUCCAAUGUAGGCUUGAUAAAGGGGCCUACUCUGCGUGCGUUCAAAAAUUUUUCAGAGAUCUUCUCCUCUUAUUCAACAAUGCGAUUACUUUCUUCGGAAAAAAUUCACCAGAAAGUGUUGCUGCUUCUGAACUCAUAUCUAUAGUUCGAAAGGAAAUGACGAAGAAACUUCAAAAACCAAAACCUGAACCUGUCACUGUGAAGCCUGAACCCAGACAACAACCUGUUUCAUUUCCAAGGUCCAACAAAUCUUCUUCUACCUUGGUUGUGUGUGGAAAGGGCAAUUCAGUGAAAGCAACAUCUGAAAAUGCCACUAAAAAGGUUGAUAAAAAAGAUAGAGGGGGUGAAGACAAACCAAAAGUAAAUGAGAAAAAGAUUGAAGGUUCCUUUAUUAAGAUCGAAGAGAAGGGCAUAAGGAAGAAAAGGACAAAAGAGAGGUCAGUCUCCAGUCAUAGAAAUUCGAAUACCACCAAAAAUGAUGGAGAGAUAAAGCACCAGUAUGGUGGCAACGAGCUUAGUUCCCAUGAUGCUUUAGAGAUGAAGGUGGAAAGAAAAGGAAGUAGCACAAGAAAGAGGCAAGGAGCAGCUAGCUUCCUGAAAAGAAUGAAGCAAAAUUCACCAAGUAAAGUUACGGACAACGAUGAGGAAGAUGAUUCCUCCGAGGAUGAAAGAAAAGAUGGAAACGGAAAAGGAAAAGGAAAAGGAAAAGAGGAGAAUGUAAGAAGAGGAAGGAAUAGAGAUGGAAUUUCGGAAAGAGUUACAAGGAGUUCUAGGGGAAGAGGUGCUAGAGAAGAAAGUGGAAAAGCAAAGAGAAUUGGACGCCCACCAAAGAAGCAGGCAGAGAGUACAGUGGAGUCGGAUGGACCACGAAAGAGAGGGAGAGAUAAUGGUGGCCCUGAUGUAGAGGUUGGGAGCGGCAGGGCAAGGAAGAGGUCAAGGAGGUAAUACUGAUUGUUGUAUGAUGUAAAUUAUUGUUCAGCGUUUUCUUUUAUAUACAUGGUUUAGUUUUUCAUUUUUCAAAUGCUUACAAGUUCAGAUUGUCACUACCCAGUAGUAAAUGAGAGAAGAUUAGAAGAGGGGAUGAUUGUGAACUUGUAGAAGAAUGUUUGUGGUAGUCAUUACAUAUACACAGCAUAUGUAAGUAGGGAUAAACAUGAAUGAUAGGUCGCCUUGAUUUUUUUGUUUA